UAACAUGUACUGAGCGGCCACACAGAGAUGCUACAGGUGCUGUGGUACUGCGCAGCCCGGCUCCAUUUAUUCCGCCAUCACGUCUGUGAACCUAGAGAAACAAGAGCGGCCUGCAGCCUCCGCUCCGGAGGAGAUUCUUUGUGUCAGGUCCCCGGCCGCUCCCGCUGUUUCUCCCAUCACCUCAGAGAGCUGCAGCCCGUGUGUGACUGAAGACGGGGGGCUCGGAGGAAGGGCCUGUGUGAGGGGCUUCGUGAGGGGGAGGUGGCUGUGGGGCCUCGCUUGCCCCCCGUGCUUCUACUUCGCACACUCCCCCAUUUUGAGCGACUGCAGCAGGACGGAGGGGGCGGACGGCUUGUGUUGUCGCUGCGAGGGCUGGAGGCGGACAAGAUGGCUCGGCCCAGGCCCCGGGACUACAAGGCUGGAGAACUGGUGUUCGCCAAAAUGAAGGGAUACCCGCACUGGCCGGCCCGGAUUGAUGAACUGCCAGAAGGAGCAGUGAAACCACCUGCAAACAAGUUUCCAAUCUUCUUCUUUGGCACCCAUGAAACUGCUUUUUUGGGACCCAAAGAUCUGUUCCCUUAUAAGGAAUUUAAGGACAAAUUUGGAAAGUCAAACAAGCGGAAAGGAUUCAAUGAAGGAUUGUGGGAAAUCGAAAACAACCCUGGAGUCAAGUUUACUGGAUACCAGAUGCAUCUGAAGGCAAUUCAACAGCAGAGCUCUCCGGAAACUGAAGGAGAGGGAGGAAAUGCUGCAGAUGGCAGCAGCGAAGAAGAGGGGGAUCAGGUGGAAGAGGAUGGAAAAGGCAAAAGGAAGAAUGAGAAAGCAGGCUCCAAGAGGAAGAAGUCAUAUACUUCAAAGAAAUCUUCGAAACUUUCUCGGAAAUCUUCAGGUGAUGAGGGAGAAAAAGACAGCAAAGAUGAAGAAAAUAAGAGUGGCUCAGAGGCUGGUGAUGCCGAUAACGAUACCAGAAAUGCCUCGGAAGUGCAGAAAAGCAGUGCAGGGAAUGUAUAUGCAAGAGGUGGUUCCCGUAAGAAAUGCACAGAUGCUAAAGAGAAAUUAUAAAUCUUAGUGGCGAACAGGCAAGAUUUGACUUAACUGAGUGCAGCAUACGGUGAGAAGAGGUCCAUAUUUCGCAGUUUAGUAUUCUUGAAUUUGAUAUGGCUCAACACAUUAAAUUGUUGCCACCAAGAAUUCAUCAAUUUGUAUGCAUAAUAUCACAUUCCUGUUUGUUGUGUUUGCUGGCAUCAGAAGUGUUUCUCCUCCAGGGGGCAGCUUUUCAUAUUCCAUUAUUCUGUUGCAUGAUGUUGCCCUUUAAACUAGCUAACAUUCUGUUUUCACAGACUUCAGCGCGUGUAAUUAUUUCUAAUUAAGAAAAGUGAAUUGACUUACAUGUAUUAUAAUACAGCAACGAAACUGUAAAAACACAUUGAUAAAUAGCCACAUUCAAAUAAGAUAUUUGUAGUUAAUAGUUUUGCCAACCUAUUUUUAGCUGUCAUUCUUUAUAGACAAGUCUAAGAGAUACUGCAGAUACCGGUAACUUUGCCAGCGCAUAAUGGUUAGAUCAAUGUAUUUUUGUUGCUCACCACUAUAAAUGUUAGAUGCUAUUUGUACGUUCUUAGUACAAAUUUUAUGGCAGCUUUUAAACAUGUAUUGUUAACAGAAGGGGUAUUCACAUUAACUUAAAAAAAAAAAAGCCUUCACAUUUAAAUGGAAAAGGCUAAAGCUGAUAAAGGGAAUUAAGCUGAAUGUUUUCUGAUGCUAAUAUUCAGUCAAUACUAUUAACUAGCAUGUUGUUUAGUUUUGUAUGUAAUUGUGUUAAUGAAUUCCAGAAGCAUUCUGAGGAUGCGUAGUAAACUGAAGCUGAUGUGAAACAACUGUCUUUAUUGGAUUGCCAAGCCUGUGAUUUGUAAUAGAAAUAAAAUAUCGUACUAUGUUAUUACAAAAAUAACACUAUUUAUUCAACACAUCUCUGUACACAGCCUUAAAGGUUUUUAUUUUCCCAGAACUUAAAAAAACUAAAAUGUUUCACAGUAAAGAAGUAAAGAAAAAAUAUUUACGUAGGACUAAUUUAGAUGGUGACAGCACGGUGUGUUAGCUGUAUAUAUUCAGUACCAAAAACUCUCUGGAUCCAGUCAUUGGAGUGAAUGAAAACAUUUCCCAAAAAUGUUUAAACGUUUUCCUUCAUUCCUGUGAUGGGAUCAAAACAUAUUUUUUUGCUAAAUAUUCUGCUAAUAAGAAGUUAUAAAACAGACAUCUCAAACACUUGCGCCUUAUUAUGUACUGCCUACUGCUAUGCUCUCCUUGUUGCUUACAGUGCUGAUCAGCUGGAUAUAGGUGAAAAUGCAGAGUGGGUGACAGCUCCUAUAAUUUCAGCUCACUACGAAUAGCCUGCAGCAGUGUACAGCAUCACCUUUACAUACAUAUGUGUUAUUGUAUGUGGAAAUUAUUUGAACACAUUGGACAUUUUCUAAUACCAACCAGCAGAAUAGUUAACGCAGCUCUAAAAUAUAAUAUAGGUUGUAAAUCAGUUCUAUGUGUGAACUGUAAAAGUAGCAAAUAUUAAAGUAGUCCUUCCUCUAUAGUCUGAAGGUAAACGUUCACCAUUAAUAGCUGUCGGCUGACUCUUUCAGUCAACAGCUAUUCUUCCUGACUGCCCAUAUACAUCAACAAGUGGUUUAACCAAGGAAAAUAAGCUGCUGCCGGACACCUGUGGUGGUCACUUCUCUCCCGUGAGAACAUAGCAUCAUGUAUGUGGAAAUAUAACAUAGUGAUACAGAUCAGAAAAGAAACCUCUUCCUUGGUUCUCCAGACAGUCUUCAAAUAACAUUACAAGCAUUUCACAUUCAUAUAAAAACUGUUAUGAUUAAACUCAUGUUAUGAUUAAACUCAUAUUAUGAUUAAACUCAAAAAAUAACUUGUUAGUUUAAAGCAUUUCCAACAUACAAACAUCUGCCUGUCCAUUGUUGCAGUCAUAUAUGCAUGAUAUUUUACAGUUGAUAAUAUAGGUAAUGUAAAUGUGAGCCCUACACAUUUUUAGCUUAAGCAAAUAAAAUAUAAUAAAAUAUACUACAUUUAGUAUGAAAAAUGGUAUCACCAGUUGCAGAUGUUUGUAUGUCUCAGGGUAUGUUCACACGGCAGAAUGUCCAUGUGGAAUUCCACUGGAGUAUUUCGCUGAUAUCAAUGGGAUUCUGCUGCACUGUGCAGACAAUGGAAUUUCUGUGCCUGAUGUUUCUGCCACGGAAAUCCCGAUACCAGUGUCCGCAGAAAGAAUAUACUUGUCUAUUCUUUCGGCGGAUUUCACUCUGAACGGUCCUAGCCACCGCCAGACUUUCAGAUGUCCAAAAUGUCCUCCUGUGUUUUCUGGGCGGACAUUCCGCACAUUUUCAUAAAGUGUGAACAUACCCUUAUUAGGACAAUACUCUUGUUUAAAUUAACAGAAAAUAGCUGCAGCCACCUCGGACUGCAGCAGUGUUUCUUUUUUUUCCCCAAGGAUUUUACUACCACUGCUCUGCUGAUUUAAAGCAGAAUUGUGGAGCAAAACUUUUAACUUUCCCUGUGCCCGGGCUGCAAAAACUAAAAAAAAACUAACUUUAACUCACCUUCCUACGUUCCCCUGUUGCACCGGGCAUCCCUUCCUCUGGCACUGCUCGGCUCCCUUCUUCUCAGGCUCAGAACGUCACACUGCAGUCAGCGUAUAACUGGCCGCAGCGAUGUCCCGCCUCGGCCGGGGAUAGGUCAUGUAAGGAGCCUGGAACAGGGGAAAUUAAAAGCUUUACGUUGCAUUUCUCCUUUAAUUUUUGCCCGUGUAGUGUGAUAUUCUUAUGUGAAAUCCUUUAUUUAUAAACUGUUUGGAUUACAUGAGGAUCAGACUUGGGAAACAUUGCUGUACUAAGUGGAUACCGUACAAUGUAUUGUUUUUAUUAUGCCCCAUUCUCCCUCAAUAAAAGCUAAGGAAAGGAUAUUCCAGUAGCAGGAACUUCCAUCAUCAGCUUAAUUCACAGACCAAAAGGAGUUGUUACUGCUGGACAGCCCUUCUAGGAUGUUAGGGGUGACCUUUAGUAGUCAUUAUGCUUUGUGUGGAAGUCUAUAUUAGAACAUAUUAUGCAUGAUUCCUGUUGGGCUCCCUGAUCAGUCUGCUUCAUGUUAUUUAAUUAACUCAAACAUUGCCACAAUCCUCACAGAGUAAACUAAGGAUUCCAAAAGAAGUCUUGGGAGAUGGUGUUUUAAGGCAUACUGGAUGGAAUAGCCUUUAUUGAUAUAAAGUAUGUGUCAUUACCUUAUAUACUUAACUGGCAAUUUAGGUAUUACCGUGGAAGACAUUUUAUACCAAGCUAACAGUUGUAUUUACAAUACUAAUAAUUAGCCAUUCCAGAAUGUAUUUUCUUGUGAACAAUAAUGUUACUAUUGUGAUAAUAGAUUUUAUUUAUUUUAUUGCAAUUUUUGUGAAAACAUUUUUUUCCAUUUGUUCUUCUCUAAUGCAUCUUUGGCAAUUCCAGUGUUUGUAGUUGAAACACAUGUCGUGUAAUGUUGUAUUGCUGUUUUUACAAAAGUAGCACUCCUGAUGUAUGUUGGAAAUUGUGGUUAAAGAUUGUAAAGAAGGAAACCAGUCACACAAGUUAAUUUACAAUAUAUGUAACACAGUUAUUAAAAGAAAAACUUAUGUAAACAUUG